UUCCCAUCUCAUUAUCGUGCUCCCGAAGGGUUUUCACAUGGCGACGUAUAUAAUCUGAAGCUUCCCCGUUAACGCGGGGGAUCUCGGCAUCUUACCUUUCCGAUCAAUCGUCUUAAAGUGCGUUCUUUCGUCAUUAUGGAUUCCUCCACAGCCUCUGCGGUAGACCUGCGUCCGAGGCAAGCAACAGACUCCGAGUAUGAUGCGGAGAUCGGGGUUUUGCAAUGGGAUGAACCCGUGUCCCAUCAUGACCAUCAUCAUCAUAACCGUGACUCCAAUUACCACCCACAUUCCAUGCUGACAGAGGAUAUCCGAUAUAUCCCAACCAUGGUCACUGGAACCACAUCCGCGCUUCUGCAUUCAAUACCAAUUUCCCCAUCGUCCAGCCUUUCGCCACCAGAAGUGACUGCCUGCAUCGCUAUGAAUCCACUGGACUCUGCAAUGAUGGGUACCAUAGGUGUUGACUCACAGCAUAUCGAUAAUAGCGGGCACCGAAUAUCCAAUACUAUUAAUCGACGACAAUCCCAAAAUCGCGAAGCCCAGCGUCGGUUCCGAGAACGGAGAGAGCAGGAGAGAGUUCAAACGCAGGUCAAGAUGGACGUACUUCGCACAGAAAACAAACGGUUGUCAGAUUUAUUCCACCUAUUAAGGACGGAGAAUCAUAGAAUAGAGGGAGAAAACGAGCGAUUGAAGUCGGAACUAGAAAUAUUGAGGAAACGGUGGAAAGACGUACUACGUGUAAUGUCGGAGAUGGCGCAGCAAGAUGAGCAAACCGCCGGUUGUCGGUCAUCAUCUUCCACCACCCAGCCUUUUUCUUCUCCCGCAUCACCCUCUGGCCCUUGCUCUCAGGUAGAUAUGCAGAGCCUCAGGCGUUCUAUCGUGAUGCAGACUCUGGUAGCACUUUUUGAGGAGAGAGGGUCGGAUUCAGCACGUUCUGUCACAGUUAAAGACGGCUCUGGGAGCCCCUAAAAUACUAAUGCAUAUUAAUGGUUGCCAUGAUAGCCAGAAUGGAGGAAUAUGAUCUUACAAUGGUGGAUUCUGUUGGCUGCAAGGUCUUUGUGGUUAAUAUAGGGGUGUGAUUGAACUUAGCUUACACCGGCAUCUCCACCUUUUAUCAAUCUUGGUGAAUUCUUACAGCUCAGUCAUCCUCUGCAGAGACAUGGUAGUACGUAAACAUGUCGGGAGAUAAAC